AUGAGGCGAGGUGCACGUGCUCCCGUGCCGAGACGUGGUGCAGGACGACCACGCAAGAGGACGUUGGAGUCCCUGGCAGCAGAGUCGCCAGAGACGUCUACUGGAGUCGAGCCUGUCGGUCAGGGACAAAUUCCGCAUGGUACUGUGGGCGCGUCGGGCUCUCAGACUCCGAUGGUUUCAGAGGUAACUACCCCGACUGUUCCCGCCGUACCCACUCCUACCGUAUUUACGGUACCACCAGUGGUACCACUGGCAUACCCGGUACCACCACCACCAGUGCCUACGGUGUACCAGGCAUCACCGCCACCGGUGCCUACUGCAUACGCGGCACCCGCACCAGCAGCAAUAGUUGCUCCACCUCCAGUACUACCACCCACCAUACCUCCAGCCGCGCCCACUUAUGCUCACCCUGCAAUGCCACCAGUGGCACCUGCCCCAGCCCAUGCAGCAGCACCAGGGAUACUUCCCCCGGCCUAUGCAGCGAUACCACUUGUUGUACCAACUCUAGUGGUUCCGCCAGUUCCUGCAGUCAUCCCUACUCAUCCCACUGAUAUAGUUGCGGCACGAGCCCGGAUCCCAGCACUGACAGAGUCGAUGAAGAAAUUAGUUGCUGAGGACAGUUCCCGUAUGCAUCAGUUUAUCCAGGGACUAGAUGGGCAUCUGCAAGUAAAGCUUGCUGGUUUCGGGAGUUCAUCCUAUUUAGAGACGUUGGAUAGAGACCUCGUGAUUGAGUCAGUUCAGCAGAGAGCAUUGUCGGAUAGUAAAAGGAAGCAGGCGGGUCAGACGUCAGGACAGACCCAGUCACCACAGGCGACCGGACAGCAGUAG